AUGGAAGCCCGGAGCACGAGCAGCUGACGUCACGGCGCUACAUUGAGAGCUCGCUCUGAGUUGUAAGCGCGAGCUCAGACGGAGGCGCGCGGCACCAGAGGACAGAACGAUGCGCUCGAGCCGGUGCGACGCUGCUGCUUUCUGACGGAAAAUACACCGAUUUAUACCGAAUUACCGGGUUAUUAUUAACUUCUAGCGACGUGAAGACAGCAGCGGACAUUUUGGAGCUUUUUUUUUUUCUUCUCCAGUUUCCAGGGACUCCAACAUGUCCUCCUCCACGGCGGUGGCUGCGUCCCGGAGGCAGUCUUGCUAUCUGUGCGACCUGCCGCGGAUGCCGUGGGCCAUGAUUUGGGAUUUUACCGAGCCGGUGUGCCGCGGAUGUGUCAACUACGAGGGCGCCGACCGGGUGGAAUUUGUCAUCGACACGGCUAGGCAGCUGAAAAGAGCGCACGGUUUCCAGGAGGGUCGGUCACCGGGGCCCGGGAAGCAGCAGCAGCACCAGCACCACCAGCAGCACCAGCAGCUCACCGGGAAGGAGCUCAACCACUCUACCGGGGAUCAGAGCUCUCGGCCGCCGCAGCCGUUGGAACGUUACCCGCUGUCCGAUCGGCCGCCGAGGCUCGGACCCGAGUACCAGCCGAACAGGCAAUCGAACGGCCUCGUUGUGCCGAACGGAUUUCCGAAACCAGACGAACCCCCCGAGUUGAACCGACAAAGCCCGAACCCCCGAAGGACUAGUAGCGCCGUCCCUCCGAGCCUGGUGCCGCUGGUGAACGGAGGCUUGCUGAACGGACGCCCGGUGCAGAUGGGUCUCUCCGGGGUGCUGGCUGUGCAGGGCCCCGGUGGGGAGCAUAUCGUCGGCGGGAAGCGAGCGGAGGAGCUGCUGAAGGACAAACACCGACAGCCACCGGACAGCAUGUCGGAGCUGGACGCGCAUAAGGACUGGAUGGGGGGGAAAGGGAAGACGGUGAGGGAUUUGAUGGCGUUGCACACCUUCGACAGCAGGUUUAAGAAGGAGCACGCGGCCAUGCAGAGGGUGAUGGGGUACGAGAGCGCCUCCUCCUCCAAAACAGACCGGGGGAAGCACCCUCGCAGCAUGAAGAGGAAGGCUUCCCCGGAGCCGGAGGGUGAAGGCAGCGCCUCCAAGAUGAACGGCAGCGAGGGUCAACCGUGGCUCCCGUCCCCCUCCGAGGUCCUGAAGAUGCCCCCCGCGUCCCUGCCCGGCUUCUCCGCCGCCCCCCCUUCCACCAUCUCCCCCCACUCACGCACCACGCCCCCCGAGGCCGCCACAGCGCAGAACGGCCAGUCCCCCAUGGCGGCGCUCAUCCUCGCCACCGACAACGCCGGUGGCACCGGCUCGCCUAAAGACGCCAACCAGGUACACUCCACCACGGCGGGGGCGCGGCGGAACAGCGGCAGCCCGUUGUCCCCGUCCUCCGCGUCUCAGAGGAGGCUGGCGCAGCGGGACGGGCCGGGCGGUGCCAACCCGUCCGGUCCGCACGUCGCCGGCGGCAUGGACCCUCACGCGCCGCCGCAGAGCAUACCGGACUCGUCGGUGCCGCCCGGCAGCGUGCCGCUCUGCUGCACUCUGUGCCACGAGCGGCUGGAGGACACUCACUUCGUCCAGUGCCCGUCGGUGCCGUCCCACAAGUUCUGCUUCCCUUGCUCCCGGGAGAGCAUCAAGCAGCAGGGCGCCACGGGCGAGGUGUACUGCCCCAGCGGCGAGCGCUGCCCGCUGGUGGGCUCCAACGUGCCGUGGGCCUUCAUGCAGGGCGAGAUCGCCACCAUCCUGGCCGGAGACAUUAAGGUAAAAAAGGAGCGGGACCCUUAAAACGAUCACCAGCUGGGGUUUUUUUUCUUGAACUCUUUUUUUUUUUUUUGUUUUUUUUUUCCCUUUUUUUGUAAUUCGACUACGGCAACAAGAGCAGGACAUAAAGCAACACACACACACACACACACACUGACUGACGGACGUGUACAUACUGGACAGAAGGGACGUGAACACUUCGUAACAUGGCUGUAUAAUUUUUUGAUUUCUUUUUCAAUACAUUGUGUUUCUAUAUAUUUUUUUUUUUUUUUGAAGAUGAAAGGUAUGUACCCCUCAUACCCCCCUCUUUCCCUUACCCCCC